UAAAUUGCUAUAAAAGCAAAUAAUGUCCGCGCCGGAACCACCUAAAGUGAAAUACGCCGAAAAAGCACUCAAAUUGGAUAAGGCUCAGUUGGAGUUCAUGAAAAUAAUUGAAGAACAAAACAUAGCAAGAGUAACGAAAUUGCAGCGUGUUCGGCGUAAUAAUUUGCUCACAGCUGGUGUUCUAGGAGUUUCUGUUUUAGGAAUAUACGCGUAUUCCAUGCUCUCAGUGCAACAGGAAAAAUUCCUGGACGAUUUUGAAGAACCAAAAAAAGUUUCUAAUUAAAAUACUUAUCU